AUGAUAUCUCGCAGGUUGCGGCAUGGCUCAGGCGGUACGUUUCAUAUGGCGCCCACUGAAUAUUCCUGUAAAUAUAGCGAUGAUGGAGAAGGAAAAGUCAAGAUUGGCUUUCAUUGGACCAAGGUUUACAUACCUUUCGACCUAGUAUCUGACACAAACAUCCAUCCCUCGCAAGGGCCCCUGCCAGCUCAUUCCGGACUUGCACAUGUAGACACAAGCCUUAAUGCCGGCAAUACCGGCAGCGAAGCCUGCACCGACUUUGUCCUAUCUCAGUUCAGGCGGUGCCAAGCUACGCAUACCGAGUGUCGGAAGAUCAGGCAGAGCAGACGAAAAACCAACUCUUUUGUGCCUACAAGAGUGCUUGACGUAGGGCACUGCGAAACUUCGACAAUCUGUCUUAUUGAAAGCCAAGAUUUUGUCGAAACGAUACAAUACAUCGCGCUUUCGCAUUGUUGGGGGGGUUCUCAGACUUUCAAACUAACUCGAACAACUGCUGCGCGCCUUAGAGCAGGUAUUUUGUUGACAAAUCUUCCUAAAACCUUCCAAGAUGCCAUUCAUGUAGCCCGAAAGAUGCAAAUUCAGUAUCUUUGGAUUGAUUCGCUAUGUAUCAUACAAGGCGAUCCGGAAGACUGGGAGGGAGAAGCAGCUCGUAUGCGGGACGUCUACAGUCAAGCCAUAUUUUGCAUUGCAGCCACGGCCGCUAAAGACAGUAAUAUGGGUCACUUCUUUGACCGCGAUCCGCAAGGCCUGUUACCCAUGCGAGUCGAAACCACCAGGAAUCGCAUAUAUGGGCAGAAGACGAAUGAACCCUUGAUAGCCUAUACUAUACAGCCUGAAGUGUUCACGCCUGAAGAGGUUGUUAGUACUGCACCUCUGAACAGAAGAGCCUGGGUUGCGCAGGAACGAUACUUGAGUACUGGAAUUAUCCAUUUCACGCAAGAGUUACUCUACUGGGAAUGUCAUGAAACAAUGACUAGCGAACAAGGCCCAAGCGGUGACCACAAGUCUCGAAGCCAUUAUCGGCUCCGAGGCUUCAUGGGUCAAAUCCUGAAAUGGGAGGUCAACGAUUACAAGAUCAAGCGGACCUCUGAGCUUCCAGGCACGAUCGGAACUGGCCAUGAAGACCUAUCUGAAUAUUACAAAUAUUGGUGCAACUUUAGAGCUAGUUACUCUGGAUUUCACCUGACGAAUGACAAAGAUAUACUCGUUGCGUUGAACGGUGUUGCACAAGAUGUCGCUGAAGUAAUGAACGACGCCUUAGUUGCUGGGUUAUGGCGAAGCCGGCUCAUUGAAGACAUGUGCUGGGUACGAAGGUCUACCGCAAGCGGUUUGCAUCCGACAGACACGACCCUGAGGUCCGCUGUUUGGCGUGCACCCACUUGGAGUUGGGCAAGUAUCAACCAUUCAGUGGAGCGCUGGACACCAUGGUCUGGAGAGAACAGAACGUUGGAACCAACUUUCGACAUGGCUGUAAUAGAAGCCCUGCGUGUACAUCAAAAGCCCUCUGGGGAGCUUGUGAACGCUUCCAUGACAUUGAGAUGUCGCCCAAUUCUGAUUUCUCCACCAAAGUCGGCUGCUCUAGUAUGGAAGGACUACCAUGGUACUAUGUAUUUCGACGACUUCACAAGCUCAGGACUGGAUUUUUUGGCUCACGAGGUCAGCCUAGUCGUCCUUCGCCACUGCUGCUACGGAUCAAUAGGAGAAGGAUAUGUACAGGGUAUACUGCUCUCACCUAGCCCAGUUAACAUUGGGAGCUACGAACGGGUGGGGUGUUUUCACUUUGAGGCAGAUUCUGAGAUGUUCAUCUUUACAGACUUCGAUAAUAAGACACGCAUGCUGCAAAGGGUGCUUGAAGCAUACCAUGAUGCGGAAGAAAGAGCAAUUGAGCUCAUAUGA